AAGUGCUAGUACGUUUACGACCGUCGCGUUAACAAGACGACUUCUUUUCGGUGUUUUGGGGCCCUAUGUAUUCAAUAGGCGCCUCUGCUGCUGCUGCUCGGUGAAGUCAUCCGUUUUGUUGUUUACUGAGAAGAUACGGUUGUGCCUUACCGGACAGAUUCAGGCCGUUAGGAAACAAAUCUGUGACCGUCUUCAGGGGCGAUAAGGAAAUCCAAAAUCAACGGCUGGAUUUGAGUUUACGAGUGUGAAGUGAAGUGCGCUGUACGCGGUGAAUGUAUGAUGAAAUUGUGGAAUUCAAUUCGUUAUGUGUACUGGAGGAAUUGAUUGGCCCAUUUGAAGAAACGAGCCAAAGUCACGUGAGACCGAAAUUGAACUCGUGCUGAACCUAUUGAGUUCUGUUUGUGCGCGAAAUCGGAAGAUAUAUCGUUAACACGUUGAGGCGUAGGAUCAGCGAGUGAUGGUGCUGAUAUGUUUGUUUGACGGUGAUCUCCGACUAUGACGUCCGAGUCUACAAUUCAAAGUGAAUCAACAGAACAAUCGAACCUAAUGAAAGUGUGAUUAAUUGUGCGGGUGUCACGUGCCUCAACUUGCCGCGAAGAACAAAGCGCGAAAAGUGACCUAAGACAACCGGCCUAAUUGACCAAGGAGAAGAACAGCGCGGCGAAAAAUGGAAUGGUCAUGGCUGAGAGAUUGGUGGCGAUUGAAGCGGCCUAGACGUAAACAUCGGCGCAACAGACCGGCGGUGGCCGGUUGCAAUGGUGAAGUGGGGGCCGCUGGUGGUGGUGCGGAAGGAUCGCCAGAUGAUGAGCACUGCCGCGGCCAGGUCGGAGAAUUAGAAUUUUCCCAUGGCCACGAAGGCGACGAUGGCGAUCGUUACUACGGCGAAGGAGACGACGAUGAGGACUACAUCUGCUACUGUGACGAAUGUAUGAAUGGUGAUCUCGAGUCCACGGAUGGCCUCGACUCGGACGACUCGUCCACCACGUACAAACAGGUGGUCGUGGCCGUAUGUGCCAUGGCCAAAAAAUCCCAAUCCAAACCGAUGAAGGAGAUCCUCACCCGGCUGCAGGAGUUCGAGUACAUCCGUAUGAUCGUGUUCAGCGAGGAAAUCAUCCUGAAGGAACCCGUCGAGAAGUGGCCCCUGUGCGAUUGUUUGAUUUCGUUCCACUCGAAGGGUUUCCCCCUAGAGAAGGCCAUCCAGUAUGCCCAGCUGCGGCAACCGUACGUGAUCAACAACCUGCACAUGCAGUUCGAUAUACAGGUAGAUCGAAGGCGCGUGUAUUCCAUUCUGGAGAAGGAGGGCAUCGAGAUCCCGCGGUAUGCGGUAUUGGAUCGGGACUCGCCGGAUCCGAAACAACAUGAACUCGUAGAAUCCGAAGACCACGUAGAGGUGAACGGGAUAAUCUUUAAUAAACCUUUUGUGGAAAAACCCGUAUCGGCUGAGGAUCACAAUAUCUACAUCUACUAUCCAACGUCAGCUGGCGGUGGCAGCCAAAGGCUGUUCCGGAAGAUCGGUAGUCGGAGUAGUGUGUACUCGCCGGAGUCGCGGGUUCGUAAAACUGGAUCCUUUAUCUACGAAGACUUCAUGCCAACGGAUGGAACGGACGUGAAGGUUUACACGGUUGGGCCCGACUAUGCCCAUGCCGAAGCGCGGAAGAGUCCGGCUCUCGAUGGGAAAGUGGAGCGGGAUAGCGAUGGCAAAGAGGUGCGCUAUCCGGUCAUCUUGAGCAACGCAGAAAAGUUGAUUUCGCGCAAGGUUUGCCUGGCAUUCAAGCAAACCGUGUGCGGAUUCGAUCUGCUGCGUGCCAACGGGAAAUCGUUUGUCUGUGAUGUAAACGGGUUUAGCUUUGUGAAAAAUUCCAACAAAUACUACGAUGACAGUGCGAAAAUACUCGGUAACAUGAUCCUCCGGGAGUUAGCUCCGACGUUGCACAUACCGUGGUCGGUUCCGUUCCAGCUGGACGAUCCGCCUAUCGUGCCGACUACGUUCGGGAAGAUGAUGGAAUUGCGGUGCGUUACGGCCAUAAUCCGACACGGUGAUCGAACGCCCAAGCAGAAGAUGAAGGUUGAAGUUAGACAUCAGAAGUUUUUCGAGAUAUUCGAAAAAUACGACGGGUACAAGUACGGGCAUAUCAAACUGAAAAGGCCGAAGCAAUUGCAGGAGAUUCUCGACAUAGCAAGGUCGUUGCUAUCAGAAAUUCAAACCAAGGCUGCUGAUUCGGAGAUCGAGGAAAAACAGAGCAAGUUGGAACAGCUGAAGAGCGUACUGGAAAUGUACGGUCACUUCUCCGGCAUCAAUCGGAAAGUUCAGAUGAAGUAUCAGCCGAAAGGACGGCCUCGUGGUUCGAGUUCUGACGAUGGUAAACACCAUUCUAUAGAUGCCCCGAAAGAGCCGUCCCUUGUUCUGAUAUUGAAAUGGGGUGGGGAGCUCACGCCAGCUGGUCGUAUCCAGGCUGAGGAGCUGGGUCGGAUCUUCCGUUGUAUGUAUCCCGGAGGGCAGAGCCGCGAUGGCAAGGAAGCUCCCGGGGCACAGGGUUUGGGUCUGCUACGGUUACAUUCCACGUUUCGACAUGAUUUGAAGAUCUACGCGUCGGACGAAGGCCGUGUUCAGAUGACAGCGGCCGCCUUUGCUAAGGGACUGCUCGCUCUGGAAGGAGAACUGACACCGAUUCUGGUGCAGAUGGUGAAGAGUGCCAACACGAAUGGUCUGCUGGACAACGACUGUGAUUCGAGUAAAUAUCAGAACAUGGCGAAGUCGCGACUCCACGAACUGAUGCAAAUCGAUCGCGACUUCACGGUUGAGGAUCGCGCCGCGAUCAAUCCAGGUAACGCUAUCAGCAUCAAUCUGGCAAUGGACUUCGUUAAGAACCCGGUGAAAUGCUGCGCUCAUGUUCACUCGUUGAUUCAAUCGUUACUUGGUGUAGUCGCCGUGAAGCGAGAUGAUCUCAAAACUAGGGACGCUGUUUUGUAUCAUGGGGAAACCUGGGAGCUCAUGGGUCGACGGUGGGGCAAGAUCGAGAAGGAUUUUUGCACAAAGAACAAAAAUUUCGACAUAUCCAAGAUUCCGGAUAUCUACGAUUGUAUUAAGUACGAUCUACAGCACAAUCAACACACGCUUCAGUUCGAUUUGGCGGAAGAGUUGUACAUUUAUGCAAAAUAUUUGGCUGAUAUUGUGAUCCCACAGGAGUACGGUCUUACCGUACACGAAAAGCUGACAAUCGGACAGGGCAUCUGUACGCCGCUGUUGAAGAAAAUUCGUGCCGAUCUACAGCGGAACAUUGAAGAGGCGGGAGACGAGAGCGUGAAUCGACUGAAUCCACGCUAUAGUCACGGAGUAUCCAGUCCGGGAAGACACGUCCGUACUCGGCUGUACUUCACCAGCGAGAGUCAUGUCCAUUCCCUGUUGACAGUCCUGCGCUAUGGUGGGCUGUUGAACAUCUUGACUGACGAACAGUGGCGUCGAGCCAUGGAAUACGUAUCCAUGGUGUCCGAACUGAACUACAUGUCACAGAUUGUGAUAAUGCUGUACGAAGAUCCGACCAAAGACCCCUUCUCCGAGGAACGAUUCCACGUCGAGCUACAUUUCAGCCCCGGUGUGAACUGUUGCGUGCAAAAGAAUUUGCCUCCGGGGCCUGGAUUCAGGCCGCAUAGCCGGAACGAUUCUGUCACCUCGAAGAAUGCGAGUGGUGACGAAGAGAGUACUUCCCGCAUUGACGAGGAAAAUGAUACCGAGGAGGAAAGUUCCCACGGUUCGAGUCAAACCGUUUCUAAGGACACUUCUAUCUCUGAUAGCUUCGCCAAAAGCAGAGAACAUACCAAAAAGACCCGUAAAAUGAAACCUUCGGAACCGAUUCCCAUCGGAUCGUGCCAUACCGUUUCUGGUCACGAGGCGAUGGACUUGGCCAAGCGAUUGAGUGAGGAACUAGCUGCUCAACAGCAGGCCGGUAACCAACGACCCAUCAGUCCCGAUGAGCCGAGGGCAGCGCGGUCCUUUGAGCACGGCAAGCAUAGCCGUAUAAAAGAUCAUGCACGUUACAGUCACAGCCUGCAGGCCGUUAACAAUCAAGGCAUAACGACAUCUGUCAAGCCCGAAUCGGAUCCGGUAUUCGAAUCGGCUACCAACGAGCUUCCGCUUUAUUCUAUUGACUUUUCGCUAGUUCCCAAAACACCGGAAAGCAAUAUUCUCACUUCAAGAGUGUUCAAUACGAACUCUGCUGCCGCCAUUGGCGAUGAUCGAUCUCGGAUGUCGAUCGCGGCUACGAACGAGAGACCGCUCUCCUGUCAAACCUUGUUCAUGCAUGAGUCCUAUUCGUGCGAUUCGAUCAGCGAGUUUACUCCGAACCUGGCCGAUCAAGAGCUGUACGUUUCAUCCUUCUCCGAUACAGACUCGGAAACGUCGCGAUACUACAGCGCCUGUCAUGACUUGGACCCGUUUCACUACAAAUAUCCUCUGAGUAGUCGGGCCUUGUCCUAUACCUAUUCAAACGAUCCGGAACGCGACAAUUUGCUGAUGCCCUUCAACGGAUACAGCUACAAAUCGAUGCUCUACGCGUCAACGCCUCUCGUGAGCAAGAGCUUCGACGAUCUAGACUACUUGACAGAUGUCGAUACGCCACGUAAUCUCGAGAACGGUUCCACGGCUACCUUACUUUUCAACGUGAAGCACUCAAGUCCCAGCCCAAAGUCUCUGUCUCAAACUUUUGCGCGCUCCGGCUCCCAUCGGCCGAGAGUAACGUUCAGCAGCCCCGAUAAUCUGACCAUGAUUCGAGUGGCUAGCGAUCCCGGUCUUCCUUUCCGCUCGUCCGUAACCCCCACCAAAGAUCAACCUGAUUCAGGACCCACAGAUCCAACUAACACAGACAACACACAGGACACGAUCACGUUUGUUUCCUUGACCACGCCCCCACCCGACGAGAGUCCCUUUGAUCUCUCGGCCCUAGAUCGCGACUUCCAAUGCCUCCUCGAUAGGAUGUUUCCGGUUUCGACGGAACUCGAGAAGUGUGUCCCCGUCGUUGCGAGUGCUAGUAGUGAUAGUGAAUCCGCUACCACACUGACCUUCCCCAUCACCACUAAUUUGAACAGUAGUAACCUCAGCAGUAACCUUGCACCUAACCGUAAACCUCAUUGUUCGAAACUCGUCAAAUCGUACACCACAGACAGCAGCACGAAUCCGUCCGGAGGCGGCAGUGUUGCCGGCGGGGGUGGUGUCGGUGGUCCCGGUCCGUCCUCUCAUGGCUCCUCCCAUUCGUCCACCGGCGGUACAACCGUAAGACGUCAACGACACAGCAUUGCCGGCCAGAUGAGCUACUUUAAAAUGCUAGGGGGCUUCGGGAAAAAGAUGGCUACCAGCACCAACAGCUUGUUCAGCACCGCGGUCAUCAGUGGCAGCUCGUCGGCGCCCAAUCUGCGGGACAUGAUUCCCAACACGGCGUCCCCGUCAGCAAUUGAAGGAUUCGGUGGGGUGCCCCCGAUCCGCCCGUUGGAGACCCUGCACAACGCCCUGUCGCUGCGCCAGUUGGACAACUUCCUGGAGAAGAUGACCACCGGGCCGCUGUUCAAGACGCCGGCCUCAUCGCCACCGAAGUAUCCGUCAACGCCGCUGCCGACGCCCGUUCCCAGCCCGGCGACGAUUCCGGACGCGUCGACCCUGCCGCAGGCGAGCUGGAGUGGACAUUCCAGCAUGACCAGCAGCAUCAGUGCCAUGUCGAGUGGCGGCCCUUCGUCGCCCAACUACAGCGAUAUGUUCUCGCGGGGAUGUCCCAGCAGCGAUAUGUCGGCCAGCAUCGCCAGCAAUGAUGGAAGCAUCGCAUUGGCUGCGUGUGGAGGAAACCGCGACGAAUUGCCGCAAAUCUUCCCCAUUAUCGAUAACGAUUUGAACGUGCUUGGAUCGCACUUCAACUACGAUCAGUUGGCGGCCAGUAUCAACUUGGAAAGCCCGGCCAAGAUACCGUCGAUUAGCAAGGAUACCACCUUGGACAUCAGUGGAGAUUUGACGCCGAUAAGCACCUGUUCGGACUGGGAGUUCAACACCAACGAUGCUACCAAGGGAUCGACCAAUACUAACAAUGAUCUGAUCACCGAGGAAGAUGACGAAGAUGCAACGAUUUCAACGGACACGUGCUUAAGUACCGGCGAUCUCACAAUUGCCGGCACCGGCGAUGAAUCCGUCUCUAGUCAAAAUUUCAAUAUAGCACCAAGUUCCAGUACCGUCGGUGGCAAGCAACUGCAAAAGGAAAUGCUAUUUGAUUUGAAAAACAUCCGUCACGAGUUGAGUAACUUGCGGGGUGAUCUACCGCCACCGCCAGCUUCUGCUCCACCGAUCUCCGUGGGAUCUUGCUCCGGAGGAGCAACUCCCAAGAUCGAAAACCGAUUCCGCACCAAUCGCAUCCAGAAGCAGAUCAGCUUGUAUGAGAAGGAUUCGCAUACCGAAGCGAAAAACCUGAUGCAUGAUGUGGAGAAAUUCGGCGAACGAUCGUUAGCAUCCAUGAAGCGGGCUACAUCAUGCAGUAGCGGCGAUCAUCCCACGACAUGUCGGUUGCACAUGUCGUUCGAUGAACUGCAGAAAGACAUUCCCAAUAUCGAGAAAAAUCUUGCCAGCAAGUUGGAACUGGAGCAGGAAAAAUGCUCCAAAUCGGGUAAGGCCAUGUCCGGGCGGCUGAACAAUACUCCGACCCCGGGAGCUCUUGUGAUACGGGAAGGAUUCAUAGAGCCGCCACGUAUUACCAGAGUGACGAAAAGUUUCCACGGUAAAACCGAUUACCACCAGGUUCAGGUGAAUGACAUAGCUCGACGGGCCAGUGAUAUCGUAAGGCCAUCGUCGUCCACUUCCACGUUGAUUGCGCCCGGAAGUGGAGGUGGGGGAGGCCGCGAUGCCGCCAAUCGGUACAACAAGAAUCAAAUCCGGCAGAACAUUAACACAAAUGCUAUUGGUGCUAGAACGGAUGGUGGCAAUCAUCCGACGGGAGGUUCUGCGGCUGCUGGGUCAGCCGCUGUGGGUAGUAGGUUUACGACGUUGAUUGUCCCGGAAGGGGACAGUGCUAGUGUGGCUCAGUCUGAUAGUGCGGUUGGGUCUUUGGUGUUACCCGUUAGGGACGCAGCUAGUGGUGCUCUAGAAUCUAAGGAUGAUAGUAAUUACAAUCAAAUCGAUAAAAAAUAAGUAGGCAAGUGAUUGAUGUUAGAGAAGAAUGGUGUCGUUCAAGCUAGUGAUGAUGAACAAAGUAUUGAAGAGAUAGCUAUUUAUUCUAAUUAAAUGUUUCUGGAUUAGGAGCUCAA